ACCCGCCAUUUCUUGGCUUCUUCUCUUCUUGCCCGGCCAACCUAAACCCCUCCACACUUUUUAUUAUAACCUAUGACCGACCACAAAGUUUACUUCUCGGAGCCAUUCGCUCCCAUCCCACCCACCGUUUUAAUACCCUCCGUCCCAACCAUCCUUCCCCUCGCCGCGCCAUUGCCGUUGCCGAUCGAGCAGGCAGAUAUCUUGUGCGUGUGUGUACAGGCAGCGGCAUGGGGAACCUGAUCUCGGCGGGCGCGGCGGCGGGCGCGAGCGGAGGGAAGGUGGUGAUGGCGGACGGGAGCGUGCGGGCGCUCAGCGAGCCCGUGUCCGUGGCGGAGCUCAUGAUGGACCACCCGCGCCACUUCGUCGUGGACGCGCGCGUGCUGCAGCAGCGGAAGGGCGGCGGGGCCACCAAGGUCGCGCCGCUGCCGGCCGACCACGUGCUCGGCGCGGGCGGCGUCUACGUCCUGCUGCCGGCGACCCGCGGCAAGGUGUCCGCCGAGGAGGCGCGGCGCGUGCUCACGGCGUCGCGGUCGCUGGCGCGCUCCAGGUCAAUGCCGGGCGGGCUGAGGAGGAAGCUGUCGUCCAGGAAGAGCCGAGAAGCCGACGACGCCGAUAGGUCGGCGAAGACCGGGGCGGCGGCGGCGGCCGUGGCAGAAAUGGAGAGGAGGGAGGAGACGGCGUCGACGGCGGACGGGUUCGAGGAGCAUCGCCCGGAGUUCUUGAGCCGGGAGCUAUCGUGCAGGGGGUGGAAGCCGAGCCUGAACACCAUCGAAGAGCGUGUCAUUCCCAAGAAGGUGUCCCAUUGGCUCUACUGAAUUUCUUUCCUACUCCUUUGAAUGAUGACCAGACAAGGUAUGCGGAGUAGGCGUCCUUGACUUGUCAUCAGGAUCUAAUCUUUGCUUCCCUUUUUCUAGUCUGUCAAAUCUCAAAUGCAUGUGUAACGAAAAAGGCAUGUACUAGUAACUUGCAUGUGAUGAGAUAGUGCAAGUGAAAUUUAAUCCCCCCGUGUAAUUAUAGGAUUGAUUAGUUGGAUGGUUGAGCCUUGUGGAUCGAUUUGGAAAUUAAUCGAAUUGCAAUGAACUUGUAAUUUCA